AUGCCUUUUGUCAGGUUAGGAGAGGCGUCGAAUCUCGAAGACAUUCGUCGGUACCUGGAACCGCAAGUCAGAAAGCUGGAUGCCGCCAGACUCUUGUCCUCGACGUUGACGGUCGAACAGGUUGUGGCAAAUCUUGUUACGCGGUCCAAAUCUCUCUUCUUGUGGGCCAAGUUGAUGAUGGCCUAUCUCCAGUCUCCGGUGCUCACGUUGAGAGCCCGAGUUGAAGCCCUCACAAACAUGGUACCGCUCGAAGGCCUGGAUGCUAUUUACGCCAGGAUCUUGGAUUGCAUCGACUCUCGCAUGUCAUCAGAACGUCUUUUCAUGACCAAGGUGCUUCAAUGGCUUGUCGUCCUUCAGCGGCCUUUGACCAUGACCGAGCUGCAGGCAGCCACUGCCAUUCGCGUCCAUGAAGUGACUUCACCCGAACUUGAUUAUCUCCCGAACUUUGGCUCAACGAUUGAGAUACUGUCGGGCGGCUUGAUUGAAGUCGCGACCAAUGACACCGUGGGAUUCGUUCAUCUGUCCGUGUCCGAGUACCUGUCUCGGGCGCGGCAAGCAUCAGCUUCCUCCCGUUUCUACUUCGACAUGGCAGAGGCACAACUCAGUUUGACCAGUCACUGCUUGUCUUAUCUCCUCUUCGAUAUCCCUAGAGGACCUCUUUCUGGCGUGCAUGGGACAGCAUUGGAAAAGCCUCUGGCGAAGACCCGAUACCCGUUCUUGCAAUAUGCGUGUUCUUCUUGGGCAAGCCACGCCAGCCAGGGGAUUGGUGCACUGCAAGCAUCCUCUAGCGCGUACGCACAUGAAGAGUUCGAAGGUCUAGUCAAACUCUUGGAUGAGCUUCUGCGGUCCAACGAGACAGUAAGGGCCUGGGUUGAAGCUUGCUAUGUCUUCCAGUGCCAUCCAACACUGGAACCACUGGCUAAGGCGCUGCAAGCGCUGGUCAGCUCGAGCUCCACAAUGAUGAAGUUGUUGGAGAGAUUUAUUAUGCUUGGCCGGGACAUUGCGAGCGUCAUCAACGACUGGGGCGACGUCCUUCAGUACGAGCUGAUUGAAAUCUGGGACUCGAACAUUGGACUGUUCUCUUCGACGACUUUUUUCAAACCUCAUGACAGUCGUUUGAUCGGGUUGGAUCAGACACGGUCCAUAUCACAGACAUGUCAGCAGCCGGUCCACAAUGACAAGAUUGUGGAGUUGUUGACCUGCUACAGUCCAGACUUUGAGAAGAUUGCCAUUCUCAGCAUCAUCCCUCCCAGCACGUACGUUGACGAAGCUCGUGGGUUCUAUGCCGUCGCAAGAGCUGGCCUGUUCCAUCGAUCGCCCUCGGAGGUGGCAAGGUUCGUGAAGGUGUACAGCCGUGGCUGGCGUGUCCGAUACCAGCUUCGGGAGACCAUCGGGCCCACCCACCUACUGGAAGAAUUGACGUGGUUGAUUCCAUGGGAGGAGAUGAUGUUUGCCAUUUACGAAUCCAUUUACCAUGGCCGGGCUGGAGACCUGCACUUCAAUGCUUCCAUCAAUAAAGACUUGAACAUGUGCUCGGUUCUCCACAUGGUCUUCCAAACUCGGCCAUCUGAUGCUGAAGCGGCAUCCGAUAGAGAUUGGUCGUGCCAGCGACUGGAUGUUGAUCUUGUCGAUCAAAGGGUUGCUGUUCAGGAGAGCAAGCUCUUCGCUGCAUCAGUCUUGGACGAUGUCAUAAGGCGGUCGCUCUUUAGUGAGAACGGAACCUACCUUGCCGUGAUCCACGAUGAUUACAUACGGAUUUUCGAAGACGGCAGCCCGGACAAAUCUUCCCUCGACUACAAACCGACCAUUACAAUUGCUGGUCGUUCUCAGCAGGGAUGCAUAUUCCACCCCGAUCUCCCUAUAAUCAGCGUGUCGAAUAGAGCGGGAACCUUCUUGAUAAGGGUAGAUCGACUCUGUACCCCGGCAUCAGAACGCGGACCGGACCGGAUCGACAUCAGCACCAAUCUGGCUCUACUCGUACCAUCCAAGUGGUUGCGCUGGGUUUUCCCUCCUGGGAUGCAAGACGUCAGUUUUUCGGCCUGCGGGCAGUAUCUGCUGGGCACGAACAGCCUCCAAGGAUCAGGACUGGUGGCGCGGCCCUACGAAAUCUCCCAGUUCUACAUCCCCACUCCAUCAGAAGCGUACAGAAAUCAUUCAGAGGCCGAGAUACUCGACGAGAUUGAUGCUUUUCUAGCUGACGCCGGUCUGGAUGUGGCAAAGGCUUCCGGCUCAGACGUGACCACGUCGAAGAAGCCCGAGGGCGUCAUGACCGCUGGCCGAGCCAUCCAUUAUCUGGUUGGCGAUGUUCCACAUGUGGCCGCCAUCCACUAUGAUUCGAGGCAAGGGAUACUGACCAUGGACGAUACCGACACCAUUAGCAGCAUCCGAUCCAGCAGAAUGCUCCGGCUUCCGCGGUCGAUGCGGGAUCUGAAGCACCAUUUUGCAGUUAGGAUGACUUCAUCCGACCUUGAGCCAAUCCAGAUUUACUUCAGCAAGGAUGUGGAGGACUUCUAUGACUUCAGGCACAGUAGCCAUGGGCCCAGAAGUAUUCCGACUCUUAUUGUGAGGUCUCGAAUGAGCAUCAUCACUCAAUCCUCUCAAUUUCUCCACGCCACACCGACAGAGUAUAACACGGGACCUGACACGGAGCCUGACACGAAGCUUGACACAGUGCAUUUCUCGCCGCCUUAA